AUGGGGUUGCAGAAACUCAACUUUCACAUCUUGAUGCUCAGUAUCCACAGCAAUGGUCUUGGUCUUGAGGUAGCCAUGCUGGUUCAUGAGGAUAACACAUGGGAGCCACAAGACAACCUGGACUGCCCCGACCUUAUCACCGAGUACAUGCAGAAACACAAGGAGAAGGAGGAGAAGAAGAACGAUGGCAAGAGGAGAGUUGUCAGUGAGGCCUCGGGAGACUCAGAGGAGCGAGGGAGCAAGAGGAAGAAGAAGGAGUUCACAACAUCUGGAUAUUUAAAGAUUCAUCAGAGAGUUCACACUGGAGACAAUCUACACAGCUGUGAUCAAUGUGGGGCAGCUUUCACACAAAAGAGUACCCUAAAAAUACAUCAACGCAUUCACACUGGAGAGAAGCUUUACAGCUGUGAUCUAUGUGGUAAAACCUUUUCUCAUAGUAGUAACUUUAAAUCUCACCAACGUGUUCACACUGGAGAGAAGCCGUACUGGUGUGAUCUGUGUGAUAAAACCUUUUCUAGGAGUGAUAGCCUAGAAAUGCACAGACGUGUUCACACUGGAGAAAAGCCUUACAGCUGUGAUCAAUGUGGUAAAACCUUUUCUAGGAGUAAUAGCCUAGAAAUGCACAGACGUGUUCACACUGGAGAAAAGCCUUGCAGCUGUGAUCUAUGUGGGGCAGCUUUCACACUACAGAGUACCCUAAAAAAACAUCAACGCAUUCACACUGAAGAAAAGCCUUACAGCUGUGAUCUAUGUGGUAAAACAUUUUCUCAGAGCAGAAACCUUAAAUCUCACCAGCGUGUUCACACUGGAGAGAAGCCUUACAGCUGUGAUCUGUGUGGUAAAACAUUUUCUCAGAGUGGUAGCCUAAAAAGCCACAGACAUGUUCACACUGGAGAUAAACCAUACAGCUGUGAACAAUGCGGGGCAGCAUUCACAACGUUGAGUAACCUUAAACUCCACCAACGUGUUCACACUGGAGAGAAGCCGUACUGGUGUGAACAAUGUGGUAAAACUUUUUCUAGGGAUGAUAGUUUAAAAAUCCACCGACGUGUUCACACUGGAGAGAAGCCUUACUGGUGCGAACAAUGUGGAGAAAUCUUUUCUCAGAGCAGUAGCCUUAAAUCUCACCAGCGCAUUCACACUGGAGAGAAGCCGUACUGGUGUGAACAAUGUGGGAAAACUUUUUCUCAGAGUAAUGGCCUUAAAUCUCACCAGCGCAUUCACACUGGAGAGAAGCGGUACUGGUGUGAACAAUGUGGGAAAACUUUUUCUCAGAGUAAUGGCCUUAAAUCUCACCAGCGCGUUCAUACUGCCUCGUUGUGAACAUGUUUCCGAGCCAAGCUGUUUCCUCCUGCCUCCUCCUCAUGCCCUGAUAGCUGUGUUGUUAUUUUCUGAUCUUCUCUCCACAUUGAAGGCUGACCAGCAGUAACUUUAUCUUCUGAACAGCAUGGAUGUUAUCCUGGCUAGGACUACUCAUUACACUCCCUCCCUUUGAAGGGAUUUAUUCCGCUCAAAAUGAGUUUAUUUUCUUGUAAUAAAAUAUUCUGAGUUCUGGUUCAACUGCUAGCGCUUUUAAACUAAUGCUGGAAUGAAGAAGUGUUUGUUAUUCUUAAUUGAUCACCUUGUAAAUACAAUUCAUAAAAAUCCCCAUCACUGUUUACUAAGGUGAUGUCAAGUUGCUGAAAUAUUCAGUUUAUUGUCACUUAAGACGAAGAAAAGAAGCAAACCUUCAAAACUGACCAGCUUUAAUCAGAACAUGUCUGCUGCUGCUGCUUAAAAAAUGACUUGAACAGUUAGUGUUUAAACUGCGUCUGUGGCGCCGCCAUCUUGGGACAGACAACUGAUCUUAAAGACUCAGAAAAAGAUAGUUGUACUGCUUUAGGAUGUUCAUGUGAAAGAAAUCCUAAACCAAGCAACAUGGAAUAACAUUUCACGGAUGAAAAAUGUGUUUUACAAUAUUAUAUUAUUACUUAAGUGUUGAAUUUAAUAUCACAAAAGGUAACAUUAAUUCUUUUAAGUUAAGUGACUGUCCUGAUACUGAAUUGAGCUAAUGCUAGCUUGUGUCAGGUGAUGUAUGUUUUAUUUUAUUCUGUAUUUAUUUAUAUACAGAAAUCCAUAAAACUUACUGAACUAGCCUCAUUGGUCGCUUUUAAGAGGAUGUUGUUUGACUUGGAGGCAGCCACAUCUGGCUGUAGAUGUUUUACCUGAUUUGGUUAAGAUUGUGGUUGACUUUGAGAGAUUUGCUGUUUCAGUUGUUUUAUGUUCUUAGUGUUUUUGUGUAUUUUGUAUUUGCAUGUACUGUAUGUGUGGUUGUACUGCUGCCUGCCUUGGCCAGGACACUCUUGAAAAAGAGAUUUGUAAUCUCAAUGAGUUUCUUCCUGGUUAAAUAAUGGUUAAAUAGAAAAAAAAAAUAUAGAAAUUUGAGUGAUUAUUAAUAUCUCAGUAAGAUGCUGAAAACGAUGUUUGUUAUGUGUGUCACUGAACAGUUCCUCGCAUCAUUCCCCAUAGACCCCCAUGUGGAAAAAUCCAGACUUUACAUCAGAAAUAUAUAAAUGUUUACAGUCUGGUACAAAAAAACGGUUUUGGUCUAUGAAGCUAAUUUCACACUUCAUAACAACUGUUUAUAUAACUCACCUGUUUAAAUCAGCCUGGUCUCACUGAAUUCCGUAAAAUGGGCACGGACUGGUAACAGCUCAUUCCGUGGUGGUGGUACGGAAUGUGUGAA